UAGCAGAAGGCUUCCUCUUCGCAGCGAUCAGUUUCGACAUCUGUCAGGACAUAACUCGGUGCUAGUUGGUGUCCUUGGGCGAGAUGCAUAUUCUAGCUGUUUAAAAAAACAAACCAUUUCAUGAGUACAAGCCAGCUAAUUAGCAACGGUGGUUAAAAACAACCUAAUAUAAAUAAAAAAAACAUUAGCCCGCUAGCUUAAUUAGCUUAACGAUUGAACAUUGAGAGCUCGUCGCUUCCGUCGCCUGACAAGCUAAGUUUGUCAUGUUUAAUUCGAUAAACCAUGGCGAAGUGACACCGUUUACUCACAACUAACACUAUUCAAGGGCUCUGGCCCCGUCUCCAGCAGCUGAAGCACACCAGCCCUGUCCUCUCUGAUCCACGUCAACGGUCUUCCUCCACCCUGAGCCAUGACCAGCCAGAGGGAUCUUGAUAUGGUGCACCUCCGCCUCAUCCUGGUCAGUGGGAAAACGCAAGACUUCACUUUCUCCCCAAAUGACUCAGCCACAGACAUCGCCAAGCAUGUGUUUGAGAACUGGCCUGCAGGAUGGGAGGAGGAGACGGUGAGCAGUCCCAGCAUACUGCGCCUCAUCUUCCAGGGACGCUUCCUUCAUGGCAACGUCACCCUGGGAGCUCUGAAGUUGCCUCCUGGCCGGACAACCGUCAUGCACUUGGUUGCCAGGGAGACUCUUCCAGAGCCCAACUCUCAUGGUCAAAGGAACAGAGAAAAAACCACAGAGAGCAACUGCUGUCUCCUCUUGUAAAGCUACAGAAACGACCCCUUAUACCCCCCAACACACACACACACACAUGCAAACACACACACACACACACACACACACACACACACACACACACACACACACGUAUAUAAACAUAAAUACACCCUGUUCUCUCCUGCCUGUCAUCCUGUCAGCUGUGGAUUUGGAUUAAAUCACAGGAAGUCUGGUCGGGGCCGCUUUGGUUGAACGCUUGUCCAAUCUGAGGCUUUUUUUUGUGCCAAUAUAUUCACUUUUCGCCCCCCAAAACCUUUGACUGUGUCGGCAGAAUUUGCCGUUCUUCCUUUUUAUUUGAAGAUCACGACAUUAGACGAUACCUUCCUCUCCCUCAUGGACCCGUUACCUGCUGGACAAGUUUUAAAAAGCUGUCAUGCGUAGUGGAAAAGACCCGGGAAGUCUCCACUCUUCAUGGACACAGAUAAAGGAUGUGUGGGCUGUUACCCUCCCCUACUAGUCACAUGGAUGUUUCCCCACUGAAUGGUGUUAACCCUCUCAUUGCACUUAACCAGUUUCUUAAUUCAGAAAUGUUUAUCGUGUUUCAUCUCUCCCACCCCCCCCUCCCCCCCACCCCCAAUGGCUUUUUUUCUUUAAUGGUCAUAGGAACAGACCUUAAUUAAUUCCCCGCGUUGUAGAAAAUGUGCCAUCCUCCUCAUGAGACUGUUUCUCACUAACUGAACCAGUUGGUCUGUAUCAGCACCAGUGGCGUUCGUGCCAUUACCUUACACCUCCUUGUUCCUGGAAAUGGACCAAUGGAGAAAAUACUUUUGAGGGGGCGUUCAGGUCCACAAGAAACGGGAACAGACUCGUAAAAAGAUGGAGACGGAGGGUUGCUUGUAUGCCAUCAGGUGUUGUGUUCGCACCUCUGGCUUUGACAUUAUUGACUAGGGCGUCGAUGUUCCUUCACACCGGGAGCUGACACGGCGGGCCAGUUAAACGCAGACAGAAGGAGCGGUUGAAGAUGGGAGGGAGGAGUGUCGUCGGUGUGAGAGCCCCCUCUGCUGGACACUGAGAACGAGGCAGUGGGAGACUUUCUCCCACUUGGAUGAAAAGUUAAAAGGAAAAAUUUUGGUGGCGUUUCACCUCCUUUUCAUUUGGAUGCUGUCUUUACUUCUUGUUUGCCUUUUAUCGUGGAAUUCAGUAAUAUCAUUAAUAUUGAAAUUCAAAUAUAUCGAUUUUUAUCUUGUGUAUAGGUAUUUGUUCAAUUUUAGUGUGGGUGAGUUUGUGUAUGAGUGUGUCUGAGGGUGUGUGAUGCACGUGGCAUACUGUAUGAGGACUAGUGAGGGCAUGUGGUCUUAAAAAAAUAAAAGGUGGUGCACUGGGAGUGUUGAUGGGCUGCGGUUUCUUCAGAAACAGUCGGAAACCUUUUGAUUCCUUCCAUUGAGUGUCCUUUGGUUUGUGUUUUUGUCAAUCAAUGUCACUGCUAUGAAGUUUAGCUCAGUAUGAAUAAAUGUAAAAACUAAAAUGCAAUGUGGUCUACAUAAAAGCUUGUAUUAUAAAUUAAUAAAUCUUUAAAUAAG